AAUAAAAGUGAUUGUCUCCUCCCAUUAAAAGAGAGGAAUAGAAAAAAAUGGCUUUUCAAGAUUUUGACCUCAUUCAAGAACGCGUAACCGCAGACAGAAAACGUAAGUUCAGGAAGAAAAUCAUCAUUGGAGUUGUCUCUACGCUUGUUGUCGUUGCUGCCAUUACUGGAGGUGCUUUUGCUUAUGUUACAUACGGAAACAAAUCUAAAGAACAGGUGAAAACCACGAACACAACCAGCAAAGCUAAAGCGAAAAGCUCCGAGAAGAGUCCAAGCCAGAAAUCAUCACCACCAUCUUCUGCAGCAGCACAUUCUGUGAAGCCAGGCCAGGUCGAUAAGAUUAUCCAAACACUUUGUAAUUCCACUCUUUACAAACCAACUUGUGUGAAAACUCUUAAAAACGGGACAAAGACAGCUCUGUCUGAUCCUAGGAGCCUCUUAAAGUCUUCAAUCAAAGCAACCAAUGACGAUCUAGUGAAAGUUUUCGAAAAGGUUUUGAAACUAAAAACAGAGAAAAAAGAAGAAAAAGACGCUAUAGCGCAGUGCAAGCUGCUUGUGGAUGAAGCUAAGGAAGAACUCAACACCUCUAUGAAAAGAAUCAACGACACAAAGGUUAACAACUUUGCGAAAAUAGCUCCUGAUUUAGACACUUGGUUAAGCGCAGUCAUGUCGCAUCAAGAAACAUGUCUCGAUGGAUUUGAAGAAGGAAAACUCAAAACUGAGAUACGUAAGAACUUUAACUCUUCUCAAAUGAUGACCAGCAACUCUCUGGCGAUGAUCAAGUCUUUAGAUAAAUAUCUUUCUUCGGCUCCAAAGGUGAAAGCGAGACAUCUUCUUGAAUCAAGAACGUCUUGGUUAAGCAACAAGGAGAGAAGAAUGUUAAAAGCUGUUGAUGUGAAGGCCUUGAAACCUAAUGCUAUAGUGGCUAAAGAUGGCAGUGGGAAUUUCACAACCAUUAAUGAUGCACUUAAAGCAAUGCCUGCUAAGUACAAAGGAAGGUAUACCAUUUAUAUCAAACAUGGAGUUUAUGAUGAAUCUGUUAUUGUUAACAAGAAGAAAGCUAAUGUUACAAUGGUCGGUGAUGGAUCGCAGAAGACGAUCGUGACGGGAAACAAAAGCCAUGCAAAGAAAGUCCGCACAUUCCUCACUGCCACAUUUGUGGCACAAGGAGAAGGAUUCAUGGCACAUUCCAUGGGGUUCCGGAACACAGCUGGACCUGACAGGCACCAAGCGGUAGCCAUACGUGUGGAAUCCGACCGUUCGGUUUUCCAAAACUGCCGAUUCGAAGGCUACCAAGACACGUUAUACGCGUACACGCACCGACAGUACUACCGUAGUUGUGUCAUUCUCGGAACAAUAGACUUCAUAUUCGGUGAUGCAGCCGCCUUAUUUCAGAACUGUAACAUCUUCAUCAGAAAAGGAGUGCCAGGGCAGAAGAACACGGUGACAUCUCAAGGACGAGUGGACAAGUUUCAGACAACAGGCUUUGUGAUCCAGAACUGUACAAUUGCUGCAAACGAAGAUCUUAAACCUGUUAAAGCUCAGUUCAAGAGCUAUCUAGGUCGGCCGUGUAAGAACCAUUCUAGAACAGUUGUGAUGGAGUCCACGAUCGAGGAUGUGAUCGAUCCUGUUGGAUGGUUGAGAUGGGAAGAGACGGAUUUCGCUAUUGGUACAUUGCUUUACGCGGAGUACAAGAACGAUGGUCCAAGCGGAGGAACUGGUUCUAGGGUCAAAUGGCCUGGAUUUAGGGUUAUAAAAAAGGAAGAGGCCGUGAAGUAUACGGUUGGACCAUUCUUACAAGGGGAUCCAUGGAUUCGUGAUAUGAAGUCUCCGGUUAAGUUUGGUCUUUAUGAUGCUUGAUGCUAGCAAAUGUGGUGCCGUGCUUCUUCUUUUUUCUUACAAGAGAACAUGUGGUGAAGAGUCAAAGUGUAGCUUGGAGCGCAAGGUAAUAGAAUGUGAAUAUAUAGGUGAUGUAAGAGUGUUGGAUCGUUUGUUAUAUAGGUCGAUUAAUACUCAUACAUUUUGACACAAAACAUGUCUAAAGGCGUUUUGUAAUGAAUGAUAUUCCUGAUCCUGAUGAUAAGAAUGGAGACAAUCAUGCAGAUAUGGCAUUUAUAUUUGUUAGGAUUCCAGAGGCUCAAAGUCAUCACUUUGUCUCAACAUGAACCCACAACAAACCAAGAUAGAAGUUGCUUGAAGUCAAAAAGAAACUGUAAAAACAGAGUUGUAGAAAACAGAGUUUGGAGAAGAGAUUAGAGAGUAGGAGACGAAGGGAGCACACACACAAUUUAAGGAGUUCACGCCCAUUAACGAGGGUCACUACAUCUCCCCGAGACUACAGCUCGAAAUCCACUAGAAGGUAUAACAUAGUUACAAAAAUACAAGUGAUUCACUCAUCAUAUCACUCAUGAACUCACUCUAAUGUAUCUUACUAUGUUCUAAUGAGAAACCCCAAAGCUAAGCUUAUGCUUGCAGCUUUCUCUCUCCCUUCUAAGCUAUUUGUGUGGCUCAAUCUCUCUCUCACGUUCUCAGCUUCUCUUUAUAGUGGAGACACCUUCAAACCUAAUGCACAAGAGGACAAAAUGGAGAGGCUCCUCCUUGUGGUCC